UCACUUUCAACACUACUACGAGAACACUCUACACAUCGCGCAUGGAAUGCGCCGACCACUAUUAACUCCCCCAUUCCUUUCGUCCUUCUCAUCUCUCUCGACAUUGCAGCCGCGUUUCCCAGAAAACAUUGAGGAUUCAAUUGAUUCAUAACCAUCUGCUUCCUCCACAGAUCUUCGCAGCACAGCAUCAGCCCCCGUCUCACUCUGACUCAGUUAUGCGGUUUUGAGGAAGCCCUUUGAUUUAUGAACUUUGAAGGAGCUGUAUACGUGCCAUGUUUGGUAGUGCAAAAGUGGUCUUGAUUCUUCUGCAGCUUGCUACAGUUUUGGUCUUGGGAUAGUAUAGGUUGUGUUCAAAACAUCCUUGAGAACUAGGGUUUGGCACAGAUGGGUAGGCCAUUGGUUUUUGAGAUAUUGGACAAACCAGCCACAAGUUGUUUCAUAGGAAUAUGCAGUGCAAUUUGGUUCUACAUACAGAAGAAAAACAUUGGCUAUUCACAUGUGGGCUUGAGUUAUGAAACUGCGGUUGCAGGGCACCAUUGGAGGAUUAUAACUUCAGCUUUCUCUCAUAUAAGCAUUAUUCAUCUUGUUUUCAAUAUGAGUGCCCUUUGGAGUCUUGGGGUAGUAGAAAAGCUGGGUCCCAUAGGGCUCGGGGUGGAAUAUUAUCUGCAGUACACGCUUGUCUUGGUUGUUCUAUCCGGAGUGCUAGUCUUGGGAAUUUACCAUUUGUUAAUCCAGAAAUUCAAGAUUGAAUAUUUUCGGAGAGUGACGGCUGUUGGGUAUUCAUGUGUUGUUUUUGGGUGGAUGACAAUUCUUUCGGUGAAGCAACCCACGUCAAAGUUGCAUCUUUUUGGAUUUCUCUCACUUCCCAUUAGUUUUGCACCAUUUGAGUCACUUAUUUUUACCUCAAUCAUCGUUCCUCAAGCAAGUUUUAUUGGCCAUUUAUCUGGAAUCAUUGUUGGGUAUGCUAUUGCGUGGGGUUUAAUUCACGGGAUGAACAAUUACUGGGCGGUUUCCAUGUUGGGAUGGAUUGUGCUUGUUACUGUGUUCAGUUUGAAGCGAUCCAGUGCAUAUGAUUUCAGUUUUCUUGAGAUUGAACCUGUUACUGAUUCUUCGUUGCCAGCCGUACGAUUUAUUGCAUCAGGACAUGGUAGAACAUUGCAAAUGAACGCAUUACCAGCUUCGGGCGUUGAGCUUGUGUAAUAUAUUUGUAAAUGCAAGCUUGACUUAAAGUCCAGUUACUUCAGAAUUAAAUCCACCAAGCUCUAGUCGUACUUGAAACUGCUAAUUCUCAGAACUUGCCGAAUAUUUCACCUCUGCAUGCUGCGGUGAUACAAAUUCUCCGGUGCUACGGGUUUGACGCUAAAGAGUGACAGAUUAUUGCUUACUCUGCAUAUGUGAUGGUAAAUGUUCAUAGUUGUGUGAAGCAAUUUUUUUAUUAUCAUUUAUUGGAUCUCUUGACAAUGUUAAGUUGAGCAGACAAUGUAUAAUUUUACUACUUUUUUUUCUCAUAGAAACUGAUCGGAAACAAAUUGUGUAAUCGUAUUGACAGUGGAGUUGCAGCAUUUUCAUUGUA